AUGCCCUCUCAGAAGUUGAAAAUUGUAGAUAUGAGUGAUGAAACCAUCACCCAGAACACCAUAGCCAUCAAUUCUCAACAUAACAAUGCCAGAUUCAAGUUUAUAUUGAACAGCCUUGUCCAACACCUCCACGACUUUGCCAGAGAAACGAGAUUGACUACUAAAGAAUGGGAAGCUGGAAUCGAGUUCUUGACUCAGACUGGGAAAAUGUCUUCCGAUAUAAGACAAGAGUUUGUUCUCCUUUCUGAUAUUAUGGGGUUUUCUGUGUUAGUAGAUAGCAUCUCCCAUCCAAAGCCAGAGGAAGCAACAAUUGGUACUUUGCUUGGGCCCUUCCACACCCACGAUGCUGAAGAACAUGAAAGUGGAACUUCCAUCACUUCCGCAGAUAAAGGUGAACCACUUUUAAUAGAGGGAAAACUAACUGACAUUCGCGGUAACCCUAUUGAAGGUGCCACUAUUGACUUGUGGCACUGUGACAAAGAUGGUUUCUAUGAUACUCAGUACAUUGAUAGAAGUGGCCCAGAUAUGAGAGGAAUAUACAAGUCGAAAGCUGAUGGAUCAUUCGUGAUUAAGGCUACCAAACCUGUACCAUAUCCAAUUCCCCAUGAUGGACCUGUAGGAAAGUUACUCCAGAAGCUUGAGCGUCAUCCUUAUAGACCAGCACAUAUUCAUUUCAUUAUUGAAAAGGAAGGAUACGAUAGUUUGGUGACAGCAUUGUAUCACAGGGGUGAUCCCUAUGAGACUUCUGAUGCUGUCUUUGGAGUCAAGACUCCUCUACUUUUUGAGUUGGACAGAAUUGGAAAGGACAGAGCAGAAAAAUACGGGAUGAAACAAGACGACUGGCUCUUACAAUGGCAUUUCAAAAUCAUUACUGCCGCAGAAUCCAAAAAGUUAGUAGAAGAGAAAAAUACAGAAGCCUUAAAGAAGGUGAAUGUCAGAUUUACCAUCAACGAAGAUGGACUUCCAGAGGCUGCACCAUUGGACUGA